AUGCCUUCCAAAUUCACGGAAAUCCUUGAUCCCCAAUAUCACACAACAUCUCCUCAGGACGAUGUCCGCUUGGAGGAUAUUAUAGGUGCUGCCGACAUGUCAAGUCGAGGUCGGACUCCUUCCGAGGCCAGUUCAACAAGUCCCAGUUCGUCAUGUGCUGAAGGCGACCAAAUCGACGAGAAGCCUAGGAGAAAGAGGCUGUCACGGUUGCUGUCAGGCGGCAAGCGAUGA